AUGCUGGGAGAUCGGGGUGCGUCGAGAGCCUUCCGCUACGCUGAGCCUGGUACAGCAUCUAGCAUCUACUGCUCCGAUUCGCCGGCUGCCCAUCGCGUGUCUCUCUGCGGACGGCGGCUUCUUGCUCAACGCUGGACGCUGAACGUGAACAAUGGGCACCGAGCCUGCGUCGUCGGCGCUCCCCGCGCCCCGCCCCGCCCCUCUCCUCCCGGCCUUCUAGCGCCCCCGUGUGCCCCUCCCACAAUCCAGCCCACGCAGACCCAUGUCUCGAUGCUCAUACCGGCUUCGUCCGGCUUCCGCUCUGCGGCCUGCACCCAUGGCACCCCCGCUCCCAAGCGCCGCGAGGCCAGGCGAAAUCGAAGCGUCCCAACCCCCCUCGUCUCUUCCCCGGUCGUCCCUCAUCUCUUCCCCGGCCGCCCCUCAAUCUCGACCCUGCCCUCCGACUCGAAGACGAAUCCAAGGGGCCACAGCGAUGCCGGCAUACGCUCCGAGGACCAUCCGCGCAUGACGCACGCGGAAGCCGAGGAGGACCCCUUCAAUCAUCGCCAUCGCGCGAGGCACGUUCGCCCGUCCACCCAACCUCCAGGAGUCGGAGUCGGAGUUGGCGUUGGAGUGCUAGUCGGACUCAGAGCUAGACUCGGACGCGCGGCAGAUGCAGAUAAGAGCGCUGCAGCGGGCGAGCGAGCGUGGGCCCGUGCUGAGGCUGAACCUGAACCUGAAGCUGCACUGAACUGCUGA